CCCGCGGCCCAGGGAUCCCCAGAGAUGAAGUUUGGCUGCCUCUCCUUCAGGCAGCCUUAUGCUGGCUUUGUCUUAAACGGAGUCAAGACCGUGGAGACGCGCUGGCGGCCCCUGCUGAGCAGCCACCGCAACUGCACCGUCGCCAUCCACAUAGCUCACAGGGACUGGGAGGACGACACCUGGCGGGAGCUGCUGGUGGACAGGCUGGGGAUGACUCCCGCCCAGGUGCAGGCCCUGCUUCGGGAAGGGGAGAAGUUUGGCCGGGGAGUGAUAGCUGGGCUCGUUGACAUUGGGGAAACUUUACAGUGCCCUGAAAACUUGAGUCCCGACGAGGUUGUGGACCUGGAGAAUCAAGCCGUGCUGAGCGACCUGAAGCAGAAGUACCUGACCGCGAUUUCCAACCCCAGGUGGUUACUGGAGCCCAUACCUAGGAAAGGAGGAAAGGACGUAUUCCAGGUAGACAUCCCAGAGCACCUGAUCCCUUUGGGGCGUGAGGUGUAACGAGUGUGGGCUCCUGAGAGGAACGUUGCUGAGAAGCCAGCUAAAUCAUGAUACCUUCAACAUCACUAUUCAGACCUAUAUACGCUGGGCUAAGUCGGCAUUGCCACCGCAUGGGAGGGCGCCACCCCCUCGGUGCUGUUCACACAUGCAGGUUUCCUCACUCAGAUGAAGGGAAUAAGGGUGGGACUUUCCCUGUGCCAUGUGUCUUUGGGCUCAUGGACAAUGUCUCAUGUACGUUGCCCUUUUGCUAAAAGGAAAGCCAGCCAGUAAAUGUCUUGGCCUCCCUGCUUAUAUAGGUCCUGCUGAUUUUGGGAUUGUACCAAUAAAUGUGUUCUAGAUAACCAUU